AUGGCAGGGUUAGUAUAGAAAAGUAGAUUUUUACUGCGUGGAGGUGGAAGCGUAGUUUCAUAAAGAAGUCCAUAAAAAUAAAUACCGAAAACAACUAAACAAGAAAAAGAUUAUGAUCUGUAUGAAAUAUUUACUUCUGCCAUCGAUGCAUCUAUGUUUAAAGAAAUACUCUGGGUGCUGAAAAAAGAGAAAAUCACAGACAUAAUAGGAUUUCUCUCACAGUAAAACAAGUCUGAUGAUAAGAAAAAGGUUUUAUCAAGAAUAACUGAUUUAUUAAUAAAUAUUUAAGAGUGUUCGUUUAGCAAGAUUAACUAUUCGAAUGAAUCAUAAGAUAAGGUGAUCGAAGAUCUAAUGAAAAAGAUAAACUGGAACUAAAAAACCAUAGAUUUACUAAAAUUUUUAGUGCAUCUCAGUAGUUUUGAUGAUAAAUUUGUAUUUUGUGGAUCCAAUUCUUUUUAUUUAUUGGUGUAAAUGAAGGUAGAUGUCAGUAAUUAGAGUUGGGAAGACAUAAGAAUAAAAAAUACUUCUUUAAUUGGUGCAACUUUUAUAAGAUGCAACUUUAAUGGAUCAUAAUUUGACAAUGUGGAUGUAAGUGGUGUAAAUUUUAAUGGAGCUUAACUAUUCAAUUGUAAAUGGAAGAAUAUAAAAUUAAAUGAGUUGAAUAAGUUGGAAGGUCAUAUUGAUUUUAUAACGUCAGUGUGUUUCUCUCCUGAUGGAAAUACUUUAGCAUCUGGGAGUUAUGAUGAUUCUAUACGUUUAUGGGAUGUUAAGACAGGAUAAUAAAAAAAUAAAUUAGAUGGUCAU